UGAGCGCUGGUUUCUUUAAAUCUGUAUCUAUGCAGCUGUUUUAUUUUUAUUUUAUCAUUUUUAUAGAAACUGAUAUGGUGAAACUUUUGGAUUAAUAACACAUUCUUUUUAUUUAAAGGAAACGUUUUUAUGUAGAAACAUGGAGGCUGCUGAAGGUGUCAGUGGUGCCACGCCUACAGAGGAGAUGAAUGGAGCUGGAAACAUGAUGGACUUCCUGGAUGAGCCAUUCCCUGAUGUGGGCACCUAUGAAGACUUCCACACCAUCGACUGGCUGAGGGAGAAAUCCAGAGACACAGACCGACACCGCAAGAUCACCAGUAAGAGCAAAGAGUCGAUCUGGGAGCUGAUUAAGAGUCUUCUGGAUGCCUGGUCAGGUUGGGUGGUGAUGCUGCUCAUCGGGCUGCUCUCAGGUACACUGGCCGGCGUGAUCGACCUGGCAGUGGACUGGAUGACGGACCUGAAGGAGGGUGUGUGCCUGUCGGCGUUUUGGUACAGUCACGAGCAGUGUUGCUGGACAUUCAACGAGACCACUUUUGAUGACCGGGACAAGUGUCCUCAGUGGCAGAAGUGGGCAGAACUGAUGACUGGACAUGCUGAGGGGGCUGGAGCAUAUGUGCUGAACUACCUGCUGUAUAUUCUGUGGGCACUGCUCUUUUCCUUCCUCGCUGUGUCAUUGGUUCGAGUCUUUGCGCCGUACGCCUGUGGCUCAGGAAUACCAGAGAUAAAAACGAUCCUCAGUGGGUUCAUCAUCCGAGGCUACUUAGGGAAGUGGACUCUGCUCAUUAAGACGGUCACCCUGGUCCUAGCUGUGUCAUCUGGCCUUAGCCUAGGAAAGGAAGGGCCUUUGGUCCAUGUGGCAUGUUGUUGUGGAAACCUCUUCUGCAGCCUGUUCUCCAAGUACAGCAAGAAUGAAGGCAAGCGACGAGAGGUGUUGUCCGCAGCAGCAGCAGCUGGCGUGUCGGUGGCCUUUGGAGCGCCAAUCGGAGGAGUUUUGUUCAGCCUGGAGGAGGUCAGCUACUACUUCCCUCUAAAGACUCUGUGGCGCUCGUUCUUCGCCGCCCUGGUUGCUGCCUUCACCCUGCGAUCUAUCAACCCCUUCGGUAACAGCCGUCUGGUUCUGUUCUAUGUGGAGUACCACACUCCCUGGUACAUGGCUGAGCUGGUGCCGUUCAUCCUGCUGGGCGUGUUUGGUGGUCUCUGGGGGACCCUCUUCAUCCGGGCCAACAUUGCCUGGUGCAGACGGAGGAAGACCACACAGCUGGGGAAGUACCCGGUCCUGGAGGUCAUUGCUGUGACGGGUAUCACGGCUGUGCUGGCCUAUCCCAACCCGUACACCCGUCGCAGCACCAGUGAACUCAUCUCGGAGCUUUUCAACGAUUGCGGGGCGCUGGACUCCUCCCAGCUGUGUGACUACAUCAACAAUCCCAACAUGAGUCGACCUUUGGACGACAUCCCCGAUCGGCCGGCGGGCCCGGGAGUCUACAGCGCCCUCUGGCAGCUUGCUCUUGCACUCAUCUUCAAGAUUGUCAUCACCAUCUUCACCUUUGGCAUGAAGAUCCCAUCAGGUCUGUUCAUUCCCAGCAUGGCGGUGGGAGCCAUCGCAGGACGAAUUGUUGGCAUCGCUGUGGAGCAGAUGGCCUACCACCACCACGACUGGAUCAUCUUCAAGAACUGGUGCCGGCCCGGCGCUGAUUGUGUCACCCCUGGACUGUACGCCAUGGUGGGAGCCGCCGCCUGUCUGGGCGGUGUGACGAGGAUGACUGUCUCUCUGGUGGUCAUCAUGUUUGAACUCACUGGUGGUUUGGAGUACAUUGUCCCCUUGAUGGCUGCCGCUGUCACCAGUAAGUGGGUGGCAGACGCUUUUGGUAAAGAAGGUAUCUACGAGUCUCACAUCCAGCUGAACGGGUACCCAUACCUGGAUGUCCGAGACGAGUUCACCCACCGCACACUGGCUGCUGAUGUGAUGCGCCCGCGGAGGAAUGACCCCCCUCUGGCUGUUCUCACUCAAGACAGCACCACCGUGGAGGACGUGGAGACGCUGAUCAAAGACACUGACUAUAACGGCUUCCCGGUGGUUGUGUCCCGAGAAUCUGAGAGGCUUAUUGGCUUCGUCCAGCGCCGAGAUCUCACCCUUGCCAUCAAGAACGCCCGUCAAAAGCAAGACGGCGUGGUCAGCAGCUCUGUGGUCUAUUUCACAGAGGACGCGCCACAGCUGCCAGCCAGCAACCCCCAGCCCCUGAAGCUGCGGCGCACCCUGAACCUCAGUCCGUUCACGGUCACUGACCACACGCCCAUGGAGACUGUGGUGGACAUCUUCCGCAAGCUGGGGCUCCGCCAGUGUCUGGUCACCAGGAGCGGGCGUCUUCUGGGGAUCAUCACCAAGAAGGACGUGCUGCGUCACAUGGCACAGAUGAUGAACCAGGAUCCAGAGUCCAUCAUGUUCAACUAGCAGUAGGAGGAGCUUCAUUCUGGACUAAUGGUGUAACCAAUAAUGUUCCUGCAGCCUGUGAACCGGCCCGCCCCCUGUGUUUCAGUUCAUCUUCAAAUUUCUGACCUUCACACAGUCUGCAGACUGAACGGAGGCUGUGCAAAGUGCUGGCCACGCCUCUGAGGGUGGGGCUUAUAAUCACAGCGCCAAAUGCUUGUCGCCACUGUUGUAACACCUUUUUUCAUCAUCAGGGUUUAAAGGUAACUCAUCAAACAGUGUGAACACUGGAAUCUGUGUGUUUGGUUGUUGAAUUUUCCUUUUGUGAAUAAAUCUGUCAUCAGAAACGUCUGAAAUAUGAGAGCGUAGCGUAGCGUGAUUUAUAAACAAACAAACAAAUUAACAUCAACAAACUGAUUUAAAAACUAAAAAAAAUAUACAGAAAGAAUGAAAAAUCUGACUCCAUGUGAAGACAAACUGUGUCCAGAAACAUCCAUCAGUUCUUCCACUCUAUUGAAAAACCUUUUCUACUAUCCAGAUCACCGUGUGUUUGUUUGUUUGUUUGUUUGUUUGUGCAGAUUGUCUGGAAAA